UUGCCGCAAGGGACAGGAUGAUAUCAGGUGGCCUCGCUAGUGAUUGGGGGAGGGGCCUCCCCUGACUUUCAUUUUUGUGCCUGAGCCCCUAUAUAAGAGCUGGAGAACUGCUCAGUGGCACAGGACUUCUGAGAAUUCCUACAACAUGAAGUUCUGGAUUGUUCUUUUCUUUGCUCUUCUGGCACUUACCUCCGCCUAUAAAAUGGGUGGAGGCGGAGGUUACGGAGGUGGAGGAUACGGAGGAGGUGGUCACAGAGGAGGUGGAGGAGGUGGUGGAGGCAAAUAUGGAGGUGGUGGAGGAUACGGAGGUGGCGGACACCGAGGAGGUGGAGGCGGUGGAUAUGGAGGAUACAGAGGAGGCGGAGGCGGAGGCAAAUACGGAGGAGGUGGAGGAUACGGAGGAGGUGGCGGACACCGAGGAGGUGGAGGCUACGGUGGAGGUGGUGGCUACAAGAAGGGUUAAAGCCUGAAAAUUUAUUUCAAGUGCUAGUAUUCCAAAACAUCAAGUUUUCUGACACUAUGAGCAAAUGUAAUUCAACAGAGAUAUUCUUUAUCAGUGUCAGCUGUUUUUAAAUAAAACUUCCUAUUUUUUUGUA